AUGGGGGUGAGGGUCGCGCGCGUGGCCCUGUGCGGCGUCGCGCUGCUCUGCGCGCUGGGCCUGGCCCAGCACCCCCCCGGGGGUCUGAGCUGCGGCCCCGGCCGCCAUCUGCAUGGGACGGGGACCAGCGCGCGCUGCUGCCGCUCGUGCACCCCAGGUAAGGCGGCUGAGGGGGUCUGUCCUGAGCUGGACUGCCAGUGUAUCCAGCCUGAGUUCCACUGUGGAGACCCCCAGUGUAAGAGCUGCAAGUACUACUCCUGUCCGCCUGGCCAGAGGGCGUGGCCUGUAGGGAAGUUCAGCUUCGGCUUCGAGUGCAUCGACUGUGCCGCGGGGACCUUCUCUGGGGGCCGCGAGGGCCGCUGCAAACCUUGGGCAGACUGCUCCAAGCUUGGGUUUCCCACUGUGUUCCCCGGGAACAAGACGCACGAUGCCGUGUGCAGCCCAGGGCUGCCGCCGACGGAGCCACGUGGCCUGCUGACCGCCGUCCUAGGCCUGGCCGCCUGCGUCCUGGCCCUGACCGUGACCCAGCUCAGCCUGCACAUCUGGCAGCUGAGGCAGAGAGUGCGGCCCCCAGAGACACAGCUGCUCCUAGAGGCCCUGCCACCCCCGCCCGAGGACGCCUGCAGCUGCCAGUUCCCCGAGGAGGAGUGGGGCGAGCCGCUGUCGGAGAACAAGGGCCGCCUGGAGGACCUGUGGGUUUGA